CCAGUCCUCACCCCCAGCAUCCAACUACCCCCAGUCAAGCCGCCCCGCCCCGCCCCGCCUGGGAACCUUCCAGAAGCGCAAGACUCCAAGGCCGUCGCCCUCCCACCCGUUCCUCGCCGCGGGGGUCGCCUGAGGUAACGCUACUUCACCAAAACCCCAGGAUUCUCGGGGUUCGGUCGCCUCACUGUGCUGCCGCUUCGCAUAAUCUACUCUGGUCUCCGGUUCCUCAGCAGCUGCGGUUGGAUCUCAGAUCGGUGAUCACAUAAACAAUGGUGAAGGCUGUUGCUGUGCUUGGUAGCAGCGAGGGUGUCAAGGGCACCAUCAACUUCACCCAAGAGGGUGAUAGCCCCACCACUGUCACUGGAAGUGUCUCUGGCCUCAAGCCUGGCCUCCAUGGGUUCCAUGUGCAUGCACUUGGUGACACAACAAAUGGCUGCAUGUCAACUGGACCGCAUUACAACCCUGCGGGCAAGGAGCAUGGAGCACCAGAAGAUGAGAACCGCCAUGCUGGUGACCUCGGAAAUAUCACGGUCGGAGAUGACGGUGUUACUAACUUCACUAUUACUGACAGCCAGAUCCCACUGACUGGGCCAAACUCAAUCAUUGGCAGAGCUGUUGUUGUUCAUGCUGAUCCUGAUGAUCUUGGAAAGGGUGGGCACGAGCUGAGCAAGAGCACUGGAAACGCUGGUGGCCGUGUCGCCUGCGGGAUCAUCGGACUCCAGGGCUGAGAGUGAUCACCAGACUCGAGUGCCGAAAGCGUCGUCGUCGUCGCCCCCCGCCGUCACCACUGGACCAGCCUAAGCAUCCUUUGGAUACGUGAAAUAAGAGCGCCUGAUCUAUGAUCGGCGUGUUUGUGUUCGCUCCUGUAGCACCUACCGAUGAACUGAAUGAAACCUGUGUUGGUCUAACGCUGUUUCACCUGGACCUGUGUUUCAUACAUGUCACUUUAUGAACGUCCAGACAGACCGAUAUGUGGAAAUAAGAAGGCACUUGUUGUGGAA